UGAUUCUGUGGCAAGGUAGCAAAGGCCAGGGAUGGAUGGGGGGAUGCCUGCCUCAUUUCCUCAUACCGUUUGUUGGGGCCUUUUUGGAACAGCUGGAGUCUGGGGGGAACACUUUUGGAAGGUGCUGCUAAAAGGGGGUGCAUUCCCAAUAUGUUGAAUUCAACAGUCGUGUAUUGGGCCGUGCUGGAUUAAAACAAUUUCAUAAUCCUAGCGAUUUCCUUUGUUGAUCAGGAUUAUGAAACCAAUCAUGAAUAUCAAAAGCCACAGCUUAAAGCAUCAGUUUGGGACAGAUGCCGUGCAGCAAUGGAUGCAACGGAAAAUGCAGCAGACACAGCAAGAAUAAAGACUGGAGGUUUCUGUUCCAUUCAGUGAUUUUCUCCCUGCCUUCUUUUUCCAUUCCCAGCAAACAAAACAUGUUGGACUGAACUGGGAUAGCUGCACAAUAGAUACUUCAGAAGAAUGUCGUCCCAGAACGGUGGUUCUCUAGCGUGGUGGUCCACAUCACCACACUUUUCACAGAAGCAGAGUUGCUGCUGAUACAAAAAGGAUUGGUCUGUUGCCUACUGGUAGUGGAAACAUGGAUGGAAAUUUCCCUACUGAAAAGAGGAAAGUCUUGAAAAGCAUGAAGCAAUGCAUCAAAAAUAUUUCUAGAUCCAAACAUCCCCUUGAAAGCCCUGAGGAUAUAGACAGUUAUUGCCUCAAUGGCCCAGCAUGGGUCCCAGUUGGACUUUCAGGGAAUCCAUGCAAGGGGACGUCUGUUUUGGAAUCCAAGGUCAAAGCACUAAAAGAGAAGAGGGGUGUCACUAUCAAGCAGGCUGAAGCACCAUCCCAGGAACGGACUUCUCUCAAAAAAAGUAAAGCCUGGAAGGGAAAGCCACCAAAAGACCCUGCUUCUCAGGAUGCAGUUGUGGAACCACAGGCUCAGAUUCGCACCUACCUGACAGAUGUGCUGUUGGACAGUGCUGAUUACCCACAUUCCAGGCAAAAGGAAUCUCUAGAAGCAAUCCCAGCAAGUUCACAUGGCAGUGAUUUUGAAAAGCAUACAGGAUCUAAGGCAGAAGAAGAACCUACAAACAUUGCCUGGACGUCACCUGAGGAGUUCCGGAAGCUUCGCGGAAGAAAUAUUCAGGAUAAAAAGGGCUGUUCAGGAAGAACGACAAAGAGGGCAUCCCGAAAUGGUCUCUAUGGAGCCAGCUCCCUAAAGGACCUUUCCUGCCUCCAGAAAUCUUUUGAGGAAGUAAAUGGUGGAGAAGGCCACCUAGUUCAAGUCAGAGAUGUUGAAAACUGUUCAUUUGGCCACCCAACUGACACUUGUGGGAUGGCAACAACAGGACGGCUUUGGAGGACGGAGAGCUGGGACAGUCUUGGCAGUGGUGGAAGCCAUGCCACCACCCUGUCCCUGGCAGACAGAGUGGAAAAGAAUCGAUCUAUGCUCCAGGAGAUGCUGAACAUGUCACAGCUUAAUAACUGCUCUUCACAUGAACUGCAUACCCUCCAUCGUCACAAGAAGGAAGCCCCAGCCCUUGGGAAUGAUGGACCCAGUAAUGAGAUUUUGCCAAAUGAUGUGGACUGGGAUUCUGGUGUUUCCUUACAAGAUUCUGAAAGCUACCGGGCCUUUGUUCCCAGCCAGGAGCUGGAGCUGAGCCCUAGGCAUGAACAGGCUAAGCAACUGCUACAGAGAGCGCGUAUGAAGGCCAGAACAAACCCCCUUCGAGCUAGCCAUAACAUCCUGCCUACUUUCUCCCAGCAAAGGAGGGAUCCAUGUGAAAUAUCUGCUACAAAAGAAAAUUUUGUCCUGAAGGAUGGAGACUCCCAUGCCAGUGGAAACUUGAGUGACUCAUCCAGUGGGGAGUCCAGCUGUGGGCAGCAGAGGAAACGAGGGCCAUCCCCAUCCCGAGUGCGUUUUGAGGAUGAGUCUGCACGGGAUGCUGAGGUCCGCUACUUGGAACGCUUGCAGCAACGUCAGAAGCGGGUCUUGGAUUCAGUUCUCUUAUCUCUGGGCCAUGGUCCACUGGUCUCCAAACCAGAUCUUUCAAAUUAUAUAAAUGGUGACCUCCAACGUAAAGAGAAUGGCAUUUGCAAACCUGGUUGGAAACAGCAGAGCACACAGCAGGCGGCAGUCACUCACCAAAGCAGCAGGGGACGUGCCGAGAAGGGGACAUCUCUGGUGGUCAACAAAGAAGGGAAAUGCAGUGCCUGCGGGUCUUACGUCAGCAAAUUGGCAAGUAGGAACCCUGAUAUCAGUGUAAACCAAACUGGGAGUGACAUGCAUAAAACGUGUAAUGUCAUACCACAAGGCAAACAUGAACACAAGGAGCUCAGCACUUCUCAGGAGGACUCGUGUAUAAGGCCUCUUGGGCCCAAAGGAACUCCGCUGUGGAUCCUUCCUUCUCGACAGCGUGUUUACACAGAACGCAUCAGGGAGACUUACAUUGGGGAAGUGACUUGUAUAGAUGACGUGGAUUCGGCUUUAGAUAGUACCACUGACACAUCAGAUAGUUACCGGACAGACAGUGAAGAAGCUGGUAUCAUCAGUCAACAAACAGUGUUCAAAACUCAUUGGCACAGCGGGCCUGGUCCAGAUUCUAGGCCACUUUGUCCUUCACAGAAGGAAGCCAAGAGUAUGAAAAAUGAGGAGGAGAGGCAUUGGAGUAAUGCCAGCAACAACCCUUACAGAGAGGAACUCCAAGAUAAUGUGCCUAGCAUUAAGAAAGGAGAUCCUGAGUUAGGUGCUAAUGAAACAAAUCAAUGUAGGGUUAAGGGAGCUUCUGAAAUAAAAAGCCAGGCAAAUAAAAUUAUUUCUAGCAAAGCAAUCUCCAGAGGCAAUCAUCCUGUGGAUGUGUAUCCAGUAGCCAAGAAAGGCAAGGACCAAGGAGCCAAGACCCAGUUUAGGGAACCGAUACCCACUGUCCACUCUCAACAGUUGCCCUCUUACAAGGCGUCUGAUAGUUUAAUAAACACUUUAAACAAGAAAUCAAUGGAAAGCUUCAGUCACAAGCCAAGCAACAAUUUAAGUCAAGUAACGGAUCCUUCUCGGCAGCUAAAUAAGGAGAUGUCUGCUGGUUUCAACCUGGAAAAUCAAGUACCUGCACUUGGUGCCACUGGAAACGCCCACUCCUCCUCCCCUUUGCCUUACAGGAGGACUGUUUUAACAGGCAGCUAUAACCUGGCCAGCCCUGAUACUGGACAGGUGGAGGAAGCCAAUGAACUGCCAGUUUAUUCAACCUCUCCUAAUAUCCAUAAUGCAUGUAUCUCUCAAAUAACAGAGCAGAAUGGCAUGCAAAGUCCAAAGAUGUUUUCUAAGCGUCAGCUGUUGGCCUUGUCCACCAAUAACUGCAAUAAUACCUAUGCAAAGCGCCAGUCAAAAACCUCAGUGACUGCCACGGUGAAGAGUAAAGAACAACUCCAGGUCAGCCAGACGAUGGGCAAAAAACAUGGAAGUCCAUCACCCCCAGUGUGUGGUGCUCCCCCUGUUAAUUCCCGAGCCACAAAUUGUAUUGCCACCAGUCACUCCCUGACAACUGAGGAGACCAACUCUUCAAUUUCUGGUCAUUCUGUCAAUAAGGAAGCUCCGGCAACAGAGGCACAGAAGACAAAGUCAGUCCAAGCAAGCACAGUCCAGCGCAAACCCAUAGAAAUCUUCCCUGAACCAAAAAAGAAACAGUUUGCCAAGAAAGGGGGUACCUCUUCUUCCUCCUCCUCUGCAUCAGGACUCAAGAAAUUCUUCUCCAGCUUGAGCCAGAACACCAAGCAGAAGCUGGGCAGGUUCCGGUGCUACAGCAUGGAGCAGAUUUCUGCCCCAGAGCCAGGAGCACUGCCCACUGAGGAACCAGGCCUAGACACUACCAGAUCGCCUAAAAUGAAGAAAGCACCCUCCUUGCAGUCUUUGCAGCUGGUGUCAUCUUUCUGCCAACCAAGAAAAGCCUCUUCUGUUCAAAAUCUGCAUUCUCUGUGGGGCAAAACUGACAGGUCUAGUCUGUAUCUGCUGGGGGACCCAAAAGAAGAAGACGCUCUUCCUAACAGGAAAGCUGGGUCCCAACAUCGGCGUUCUCUGAGUGUGGAGGACAUUGGCUCUCCAAACCUGAUGAGAACUGUGGGGCGAGUGGUGGAAGUUUUCCCAGAUGGCACGAGUCAGUUGGAACUGCAGCGCUCCCCUCAGGGCAACUUUGGAUUUCGUGUCUCUUCAGGAAAUGGCCGUCCUGACACAGGCAUCUAUGUCCAGGAGAUGGCAGACCCAAACACAGCCAAACUCUAUGCUGGCCUCCUAGGAGCUGGAGAUGAGAUAUUGGAAGUGAACGGUGCCAAGGUUGCUGGGCUGGGCCUGGCCCAGAUCAAUGAACUGCUCUUAUGGUCGGACACACUUGCGGUUAGAGUACUGAGGCAAAGGCCUCUCCGGCGGUAGCAAAGAAGCACUGGGUGACCACAGGGAAUUGCUUGAAAGUGACGUUUUCACUGCCCAACACACACAGAGCCUCUGGUGCCUACUAGGCCUGCCUGGGACUUGGAGCAGAGCCUACUUCCAUCUCCAUUAUCGAUGCCUUUCUGACUUGGACUUGGGUACACCCCAACCUUACGUUUCAUUAAUGAACAGUUUGGGCAGGCAAAUGUCUCUCUCCCCCUCCCAUUGCCCCUAACAGGGAAGAUUUAGCAUUGACAUCUUGUUUUGAGGUAUGUGGGAUGAAAUGAAAGGGUAUCUCCCCACCUCUUAAACAUAUAUAUUCCUACACUUCCCCAGCUUUAAAGCCUGAAGGAUGCUGGAUCAUCUAAACAUAAUAGUCCGAGUGGGCACAUAAAAGACUCCUCAAAGAUCUGUAGGCUCACAAUUUGUCCUUGCUAUAGGCAUUGCCCUUCAUCAAAUGACAUCUCUUCAAAAUGUGGAUACCCUGCAAAUGGAUAGUCUCCUCAGGAAGCUUCCAGGAGUGAAGAGGCUGUUGACUGUUUUGGGUAACUAUAGUAACAGCUUCCCUCACUGAAAGGACAUUGCCCACUCUGGAAGGCUUUGGCUUGCCUGGGCCAGCUCUCAGUCUCUCUUUGUGCUAAUAUCAGCCAUUUCUGCACUGUGAGUGCCAGCUGUCCAAUCUGUUUAUUGUUUGUUGUCCUCUUAGAUAAGGUUGAAGCCUGCUCUUAGAGAAUUAGCAGCCUCCUACACAUAGUAACUACCAAGGUAAGAUCCUAGGGUGCAUUAUACUUAAAAUGUUCCUCAAAGUUAUUUGCAGAAAGCCAUAAAAGUUUAGAUCAUGA